AUGUCGCAGAGUCGGUCAUCUCGCCCCGAAUCGGAGCUUAGACAUCGUACGAAAAAGAAGUCUUCGAGGGAGAGAAAAGGCAAACCGGAUGUUGGGGUAGUACCAGAAUUUGGUAGCCGUGACACAGUUGUCCUGGAUAAUAAAGAACAGUACCUCUUCCUAUUGGAAUUCUUCAUCCAUCAUAUGACCAGCGAACGUUUAGCAAAGCUCAACCAAAUGUUCUUCGUCCCGACCACUAUAUCCGUGGAGUUCCUCCACUUUACAGGAGAAAAAGGUAUAGAGAUAACUCCCGUGGACCCCAUGUUUCAACCUCAAGCUGGAGUCGCAGAUGACGUCGAGUAUUUCUUCUCCGGUCGUUCCGUGAUGUUCGCUAUUGAUCAGUACACGGUGAUCAAUAAAAUCUUAGAUUUAAUCAUCAAGCUAUGUGUGCAAAAGAAAAUGCCGGAAGGCGUGAAACCGGACGUGUUGGUGGGUAACGGAGAGCUGGACCUCUCUAAGUAUUUCGCCGCAUUAAGGAAAGAAAUGUUGCAAUGCUGGCACAAGAUGAUACCACCACCGAAGGUGUUCGAAGGGGAAGUUCCGAUAACUUACAACGACAACGUGAUCGGCUGUAUAUGCAUGUUUGUUAGGAUUUCCGCAUUCGGGCAAACCAUCGUCACAGAAUUCGAGGCACCACCUGAUAGGACCGUGUCAUCGUAUAUCUUCAAGGGCGACGAAUGCAACGAAAAGUCACCAGUAUACAAAUGUCGCAUCGUUGAUUCUAAGGUCGCGGAUGUCUGCAGGGAUUCCAAGGAUGAAUUACUGAAGGAUGGUCCUCCUUGUCGCGUUUGUAUCAAGGAGGAACAUCCCUGCACUCCAUGCGGAGUUCCAAUCGGGGCGACGUUGAAACCGAACGUAAGUCGCAAACAGAUCUGCGAGACGACUCUGGUGACGAAGUCGCGAUCGAAACCGGAUAUGUGCUCCGACGUGCACAAACAGGCCGGACUGAUACAGUCAAGUCGAGGUCCAGUGCAACCGUGCGGAAAGGCGGUGGUUCUGAAGGUGUCCGGAAUCCUGGAUACGGGCCAGGAUAAAAAGCCCACGGUCACAGUGGCGCCUGAAUCUGAAGCCACUGGACCGGAUGCUUCUGAUCCUGACCACGACGUGUUUGUACUGAGGAUUGGAAAAAGGGGCAUUGUUGGAGCUGGAGAAAAGUCGGAUAUACAAUUGGAGAUGAAAACGCCGAAAGGACCCGAAAAAGGGCCACCCAUUAGAUGCGAGACUAGGGAAAUGCAGACCGAUGACAAGAAGGGCAAGAAGAAGAGGAAGAAGAAGAAAAAGAAGUGA